UGCUGGCUCUCCUGGCUAACCUUGGGUUUCACGAAGCCAUGAAGCCAAAGAGGCUCUUUGGCUUGUGGCUUGCCGUGGCGCUUUUCCUCUGUCAACAAUGGCUGGCUUACGAUUCUCCACUAUGCUUCUCGACCACAGUGUCGCAGCCGAGAAGAAAGCUGUGGAAGGAGUGGGACAAGAUCCAGGAGGUCUCGGGCCGUCAGAAGACGCCGAAGCUCCAGCUCUUGACAGGCUACCAGGCAACUGUUGCAGCCGUUAUGGCUGAGCUGGAAGCCUGUGAAAGCGGAGACGAGGUGAUUUUCAGCGUCUACGUGGUUGAGCCGGGGCGCAGCAGCGAGGCUUUGAUCGCGGCCCUGGCUGCAGCUGCACGGCGAGGUGUCCAACUACGACUCCGCACGGAUUGCAGCGUCUUGAGCUCCUUCACGCGUCUUUGUGAAGGUACCACCACUCUGGUGCAUCGCUUGCAGCAAUUGCGAGACGAGAUGCCCGAUUCAGUUGUCGUCGAGCAGCCACAGAUCCCCACACAUGCAAAGCUACUGACUUUCAGGAGGAAGGCCGCCUCGCCAGACGUUGCUAUCUUUGGUGGCAUCAACUUCGGCGAUCGCUUUGGCUCAUGGCGAGACUUCGCCAUGCGACUGGAAGGUGAUGCAGCUGUGUUUGAUCUGUUGUCAUCGUUGCGCUGGCGGCCGACGUUGGUCACUUCAGGUGUCCUGACCGCUGACACAUCACGCAGGGCUUUGCAAUUUGUCACGAAUCAACCGAUGCGCUGGGAGUGGCCAGCGUGGCUCUUGUCGCAUCCCUUUCAGGGAAAUUUUGACAUUGCUCCUGAGAUGACUCGUUUCUACAGCAGCUUUGACUCCUACAGGGUUGCAGCUUCCUACAUUGAUGAAACUGGAGCGGCAGUCCUUUCGAAAGCAUUGGAACGCGGGGCUCGGGUUGAGCUUGUGAUGCCUUGGACUCCCAACGUCUAUGCCGAUUGCAAUGCCAGGACGCUGGGAAAUCUACUUGGAAAGUGGGGUGCCCAUGGCAAUUUCCGUCUGAAGCUUCACAGCAGCAUGGUCCAUGCCAAAGCAGCUGUUGCACAAGGCCCAUCGUCAAAUGUGGCGCUUCUUGGCUCCUGCAAUCUCAGACAACGAAGCCUCGAGCAGUUCGAAGAGACUGGGCUGAGAGUGGAUUAUGAGUUUGCAUCCCCUGGGCCACUAUGAUCUAUGAAGAAAGGCUAUAGUGAAGGCACAAAUCGGAGUUUUCAUUUCCAGACCUGCUAGAUGGAGCAGAGAAGCUGCUAGAGCGCAUCCUUGUCUCCAUGCUCUAGGAAGGCAAUGGCCACCACAACGCCUUGCCAAGGAGUUGCAUGCCCAAGUGACAGACCAGACCUUCUGCGCGACGCUUUGGAAGGAGCUUGGCCAGUGUCGUGCUCAGGAUCAUCCACCUGGGAUGAUUGCCAACAUAGACCUACCGGACUGGCAAGUCACACCUGCAUGUUGCGACAAUGGUCUCGGACACUCAGGCUUCUGCAAGAAGGGGAUGAAGUGCAAGAUCCAGCAAGGUUGGCCUUCAACCCCGCAAUGGCUUGCCUACAGGACUACUUCGGCUAGAUGUCUUCCUGAACAUCCGCAGUCAUGGCAUCGCACGUCAUUUAAGCAGAAAGACAAUUUCUUGCCACCGUUUCUCAUGCAUGCUUCUCUGCCGGUUCGGCUUGGAGCCGUCCACGCAGCUAGGAGCAGCAGCUUUUUAGAGCUGCUCCGACAGUUCCGUAACAAGGACCAUUGACAUCCAAUCUUAGC